AUGAAUGAUCUCGAUCUAUCGUUGCCUUCUCGUGCCUACCCAAGUCCAUCUUCUUCAAGUUCGACCUAUCGGCGCGCUGGCAUAUUUCUGGCAGUCUACCCGCUCCGAAAUCUCAUCUGUUUCAUCCGAUCGGAUCUCUCUCGACCUUGUGGCAUUAACUCUUCAAGUAUCGCACGCGGCGGAAAUACUGCACCCAUCUUACCCAACCAAUCUUCGUUUUCGGAUGUCACCUAUUUUGAAAGUCGUUCGGUUACACCCGUCAAGAGGAAUAGCUCGUCGUCCCAAAUCUUGGAGCCAGUCGACUAUGCCCAGAUGCGGCGCUUCCCCCAAUUGGUGAUAGUCAGAGUCUUACCGUCCCUGCAAUGUGACGUUCGGUCCCUCUCCACCAAUCAAGGCCCUCUUCACCAAAGCUUCAAGGAUCAACGUAAAUGUCGGCCGUACAACAAUCAACCACUUUGCACGCCCGAAAUAGAUGUCAGUCACGCAGUGACACCGCAGUCUCUACUAGGGCUGAACUUCACCCAAGGUUUUUCAGAACAAAACCGUAACAAUUCGAACAUACAUCGCGGCGUAUUUUUUGAAAUCCGCCAUGGUCAGGCCUCCCACUAG